AUGUGCACGUUUUGUGUUUUAUUUGCCAGGGAUUUCGGAGGAAAGGGAAAUCAUCAACAAUUAGGAAUCUUAGUUAAUAAGCCAUUUAAUAAUUGGAAAAAAGCUAUUGAAACUUUAUCCCAUCAUAGCACAACACAGUUUCAUAAAAAUAGUGUAAUAUUUGAGUUAGCACUUCGAGGGCGAAAUGAUUCGGGUCCUCUUGAUUUAAAUAUUGUUGAACCUGAUCAUAAUGAUGGUAAUUUAAGAGCACUGUUGCGUAUGCGAAUUUCAUGCGGAGACAAACAAUUAAUUAAUCAUAUUGAAAAUCAGUCUUUAAACGCUAUAUACAUAAGUCCUACGAAGUCGUUUUCGGUUCUCGUUGACGAAACUACCGACAUAUCACGCAUAGAACAAUUGACUCUUUGUAUUAGAUAUAUAGAUUCAGUAGAGACAACUAAUACUAUUAAUUAUGUUUUACGUGAAGACUUUUUACAAUUUGUACCGGUUCACAGCACUACUGGUCAAAACCUAGCCUCUGUAAUAAUAAAUUCAUUACAAGCACUUGGAAUUAACGAUAAAUAUAUGGUCGGUCAGGGUUAUGAUGGCGCUGCGUCCAUGAGUGGAAAUCUUAAAGGCGUCCAAACUAUUAUAAGGGAAAGUCAUCCAGCAGCACUUUACGUGCAUUGUAGUGCGCACUCUUUAAAUUUAGCGCUAGCUCAUUCGUGCAAUGUUCAAUACGUCAGAAAUUGUAUUGGUACAAUAAAAUCUAUUGGAAAUUUCAUUAAAAGUUCGGCUAUGCGGACAAAAAUAUUAAAAACUAAAAUAAAAAACAUUUUACCUAAUACCAAGUGGACUAAACUGACAUCAAUGUGUGACACUCGUUGGGUUGAAAACCACAACGGAAUUCAAAGAUUUGUUGAAAUUUUUCAACCCAUUGUUGAAACUUUGGAAGAAUUACAAUUAGUUCAAGACAUCAAUACGUCAUCAAAAUCAAUUCAAUUUUAUCGAGCAAUAGUUACUAGUGAAUUUAUAUUAAGUAUGGUUACAUCAAAUACUCUGUUUUCAAUGACACUUCCACUGUGUAAAAGUUUACAAUCAGUUAGUUGUGACUUAGUAGAAGCUGUACAACAUAUCGAGACAAUACUAAACGAAUUAACUCAUUUACGUGAAAAUAUUGAUCAUACGUUUAAUGACAUUUUUGAAAAAACUGAACUUCUUUUAAAAUCUAUUGACGGAGAAGAAAAUAUUAGAAUUCCCAGAAUAGUAGCUCGUCAACAAAAUCGU